CGUCGUGUUCAAAUCGGUCAACCGGAUAAAGUGUGUUCCACGGUGGAGUUGUACAGAAGAAACAGUAGAUCCAGCAGGAGCAGCAUGAAAACCGGAUAUGGAUUAACCACUGGAGAUUCACUUGGAUAUCUUAGCCAUUCGGCUAAACCGUUCAGUUCGUUGCCUUAUGGUGGGGGUUCUGGCAGUAAAGGAUACUCGUCACUGACCAGCAGUGGAAUAAAGUCAGCCAAAUAUGGAGCAGGAGGCGAUAAGGAUACGUUUGUUGGAAGAGCGAAGAAAACGAAAUCAAGGAAACUUUCAACCGAUAAAAUCGAUACCCCCCUGUACAAGAAGAAAACGUUCGACUUUACGGACUAUGCCUACCGCGAGGCCGUCAAUCGACUAAAGUUCCUGCUGACGGAGGCCUAUGAACCGACCAAGGCUGCAACAUCAAUCUACUACCGCGGGGUAGUAGACGACACCAAGUCAGAGGCCUCGGACAACCAAUCGAUCGUCGAGAGACCCUCGAUGACGGAGGUAUCCAAGUACUUCAACCCGGGAACCGUCUCGCGGUACAACUCGAGCGGCGCGGGGUUGGGACGACGUUACAGCUUCCUGAACCAGAGUGCCCUGAAGCCGGCAGUUUCAACGGCUAGCCUGCAUCCAGCACCUUCAGUUUGCAGUGUCUCACAAAAUCUCGAAGUUGCGCAGCCGCCUCCAGAGUUGCUUGGCUUCAUCGAAAAGCAAGAAACGUACAUCGAACAGCUGGAGAAGGAGUCUCAGUACUGUCGGGAAGAACUGUCGACACUGCUGAAGAAGGUCAAGGACGUCGUCUCAGAAAAUGAAGCCCUGACAGAUCGUUCCAGGUCGAAAGCACUCUACCAGAUGGACUCCUCCGAGAGUGAAGAUCUGGAUAUUGACCGCAUGCGUGAAAAGGGUAGGCUAUCGGGUCCGAACAUCGUGUUCGAGUCUCGCAUCAGCGAGCUGGAAGCCCAGCUGGCUCAGUCUCAAAUCGAUCUAAAGAAGCUGUUCAACGAAAACGAAGAGAACAAGCGCAAGCUGGUGCACGGUACGAGCGAUGCCAGCUGUGCCGACGUCUACCGCAAGCAGGUCGAGAAUCUCCAGCGAGACAAGCACAACCUCGAAGAAACGGUUCGGAAGCUUCAGCUGUCCAUCGAUCAGCUCAAAGAUACCGAAGCAACCAACUUCAGCAAGACCCAGCGCAGUCGAGACAUGAUCGAGCACGUGGCUUUCGAGCGGAAUCAAGCGGAACUGGAGAUUCGCCGCUUGAAGGACGAACUCGAGCGGCAGCACGAGCGAGUUCGCGAGAUUCAGCACGAAAUGACCAAGCGACUGGCAGAGGAGCGAUCGAACGCUGAACGGCGGUACACUUUCCAGGUGGAUCAGCUGGGCGGAGACUUGAGCAGCCAGUGGGAACAGGCGACCAAGCUGCAGCUGGAGGUGGAGCGAAUGAAGCGCAUCGAGUCGGACUACAAGCGGGAGAUCAGCCAGAAGAACUCGCAAAUCGAUGAGCUGAAGAUGGAGGUGAAGAACAAGACGGCGAUCUUUAUGUCCGAUUUGAAUCAGGCUAGUGCGGAGAAACAGUCGCUGGAGCAGGAGAUCACUUCUUUGAGACUCCAACUGGAACGCGCCGAGCGACAAUCCAAAGUGGAGGUUUCCCGCCUAAAUGCUGAAAUCACUUCGCUGCGCCAGCGCCUGGAUCGCUCGGACGCGGAUCUGCUGCACUCGAAGCGCGAAAAUUUAAAACUGAGCGACGAAGUUGCCUCGCUGGAGAAAGAGCUAACCCUUGGUGAACUCAACAAGGAAACUCGCCCGUCAAAGGAACUGGCAAAAAUCAUUUCUGACAUGGAAGCAAAGCAUGCCUCCACCGUGUCAGAGCUCGAGGGCAUGGUUCAAGAUCAAAAACAGCUCAUGGAAAAACUAACCGCAGAAUGCAAAAGCUUAACGCACAAGUUAGAGGACACGACACAGAAGCAUAAGCAGGAAAUAGAUAUCCUCCAGAACAACUUUGAUUUCCUCUCACAACGCAUAGAAACUAACGAGGCGGUCGCCGCCGCCGCUGCCACCGCUGCAGCAGUGUCUAACCAAGAUAAUCAAUACCAAGCUUCAACUAACGCUGCUAGCGCUAACUACCAGAACGAAUACGCUUCCCCUAGUGCCGACUACACCGGCUAUGCAAACUAUCCUACUGAUCAGCAAGCUAGUGCUGACACUGCUGCAGUUGCUCAGAAUUACUCAAGUCCGUCCCCGAAUCAGUCAGCCAACGUUGCCAGAGAUGAUGUGAACUAUGAAGGCUCCAAGAAUGUGUCUCGACCGGGCAGUACCGCCGCACAGUACCGGCAACCGACCGCUGAUGUCCCCGCCAGCAGACCUUCCCAGGGCAAGGUGUCACGACCUGAGUCACAAACCUCUGACCGGCAGCAGUACAGCAAGCAACCUCAGCAGCAGCAGGAACUAUCCCGAACCAGCUCCGUCAACGAUUACAACGAGUCCAAGGGAAAGCGAAGUGACUCCCGGCUGUCCCGGGCGUCAAUCUCCAACGAGGAUGCGACCAAGCUGCAAGGAAAGGAGCCGGAGUUUGGACGUCCUGACGGGGAGCGAUCAUCCCGGGUUGGCGCCGGUGGGGGGGAUUCCGCUAAACCAGACGGCACCGGCAGCAGUGGACGCUUGUCUCGGGAAUCAACUCAAUCGUCACGACAAUCAAUCAGACAAUCAUACGGUGAACCGGUACAAUCAAGCCCAUAUGUAUCAGAGCUCGUGGAGCAGCCGGUGGAACAAUAUCCCUCGACAACAGUCACCCAACAGGGAAGUGUGGAUCAAUCCUAUGCACAGCCAGCCGACCAGUACCAACCAUCUGACGAGACCUACGCCGAGAAUACCGCCGGAUAUGACACAUCCCAGUAUGAUCCCUCACAGCAGCAGCAACAGUACGACCCGAGCCAGUACGAGGGAUACGGCGACCAGCAGCAGUACGUGGAAUCCUACGACCCACAGCAGACCUAUGACCAACAGCAGCAGCAACAGCAGUACCAAGAUUAUCAGCAACCAUAUGAUGCACAGCAGUACACCACUGAGCAAGUAUAUGAUGAACCAAGCAGCUACCCCACCGGAAGUGCACAGUCCCCUACCCAACAGUCAGCACCCGCACCCGCACCCGUUCCAACCGCCGCCCCAGUCCCACUGGAACAAGCUGAAAGCGCUCGAAAUGUGGGGUACGCACGCGGUGGCCCACGGACCGGAGGAACCGCCAACGGAGCCAAGCAGCAGUACAAGCAACCUGCCGCCAAGUAAUGGGCGCAACAGUAGUCUACCGCGCCAGUUGCCGCAGAGUUGCCACUUUCAGCCGAUUCACCAUCACCAGCAAUCGCCGCACUGUCCUCGCCUGAGCAUCAGCAGCCCCAGUCUG